UGGGGCCCCCGGGCAAUAGGGGAUCAUGGGGCCCCUGUGUCCUUGCCCACACUCAAAAAAGCUGAUGAAAAAGGUACCAGGGGCAUCUCAUGGGGCCCCCUACUGACCCCGAGCCCUCGGGCAGUGCCCAAGUUUCCAAAUGGUCAGUCCGCCCCUGUCCAGCAUCAUCAUAUGACUGGUGAUGACGGUGAUCAGGGACACUGGCUGCAUGACAGUAUGUAAAAAAAAUAAUUUUUUUUUUCAAUUUUUUCUAUUAUUUUUUCUUAAUAAUUACAUUUUUUUAAACUUUUUGUUUUCAACACACUGUGACCAGAGCAAUACAAUGUUACCAUAGUAACAUUGUACUACUCUGGGC